AAAUGCUGUAUUAUAGUACAGGUUUAUCGCAACCAACAAUCAGUGGACUGUCGUAUUUGUUUCAAUUGUGUGAAUCAGGAAGCAACAGAACAUGACAGGAUUUAUUAAAUAUUUUGGCCUGGGUGCCAUACUUUCUGCAGUACAAGUUACGGGGAUAGAUUUCACUAUUUCAAGGGAUAAGGUUGUUGUUGGAAGUACCGGAACGUUAACAGUGAGAUGUGAUGUCACUGAAACCGAUGUUAACACCAUUUACAUUAUUCAGAUACGACGAGAAACUACGCAAGGAUCAGGUAUUUUCGAAUCAGUAGUGCAAAUGGAGAAAGGAGAUGCAACGUCUGAAACUCCUACAUUAAGCCAAGCAAUUAAUAACAACAAAGAUUUUGUUGCUGGAGGCAGUUAUGAUGGGAAUACACCCAACACAUACCUGACAGUGAGCAUGAAUAUAAGUAAGUUGGUGUGCAACGAUGCAAGGGCUUACAUGUGUGAAAUGUCAUAUAAAAGAAAUGCUGGUAGUGUAGUUUCAGUGGAAAAUAAUGGUACCUUUUCAGCCUAUGUGUACCCUCAAAUAAGUCUGUUAGAAGGGAGGAGAAAUGGUGUUAUAGUACAGGGAUUGUCAUCUUCAAAUCAAGCAGCAUUUGAUGUUGGUGAUGUACUGGAACUUUCUUGCACCGCUACUAUUGGAAGUUUACCAGCAACUACAAUCAGAUGGCGAAAGACUUCUGAAAUGGGACAAACAGAUCACUUUAUAGGGUAUCAGCCACCAGCAGGAUCAUUUAAUGAGGGCACUGCAAUAAGUGACGAUCAGUGUGGUUAUACCCGAAUAGCAACAGUUACAUACAACACUACAGUCGCUGAUGCAAAUAGGGAUACCAACCUAGCAUUUGAGUGCUAUGUUUCUGUUAGUGGAAGUCCAUAUGGAACAACAUAUACAACACAAAACAAUCCUAGGUUUUAUGCUGAUGUCAGUGGUGGUGACCAGGCAAACGGAGAUGGCGGUGAUCAGGCAAACGGAGGUGGCGGUGAUCAUGCAAACGGAGGGGACGAGGGAAUAUCUGACAAUAAAGUGACUAAACGGGAUUUAACAGCAGGAGCAAUUGGUGGUGUGAUUGUUGCUGUGGUCAUUCUUGGAGUAGUUAUUAUUGUUGCCAUUGUGCGAAGACAGUUAACAACAGACGAAGCACCCAGAACUAGGUUUCAAACGGAAAAUAGUACCAUUGGUAACAAUGUAAUACAAUCACGACCUCAACCAGAAAUUGGACAGAAUGACCAGUCUUCUACACCGGGCAUGUAUGAACAUCUGCAAAAUACUGUAGAAAUGAAAAAUAAGUAUGUAUAUGAUUCCCUGAAAGCUGACUCCGAAGGCUCAACUGACAGGGCCCAGUAUGAAAAGCUCCAACAGGCAGUUUGUACACCUCCUACUUACACUUCCAUCCAAUCAGCAGCAACACUGAAUAACAACAGUGAUCGGGCAUACGCAAAUUUACGAGUGGAAAAGAGUACUGACGAAGAACAAGUCUUUCAGGAGAACGAAACUGGAUAGAUUUUGUUAUAUCAUUGAAACUUUUCACUCGUUUUUUCGUUUCUUCGAAUUUAUAUCUACUAUUUAUAUCUACAAAAUGUUUGUAAUUACAGAAUAUAUUCACUACGGCAAAUGUUUAGGGAAACUCUAAGCUUUAAAUGAUUUUUCUCUACAUUUCUUAAGUGUAACCAUGCUAUGCUGAAUACCAAAAAUAAGAAAAAACAAUUGAGAAUUGUCAUAAUACUAUUAUCAUGCGAUUAUAUUUUUCAUGUUUUAGAUGAUAUUAUAUGUAAGACUCUGUUGUUGUCUUCAGAUACAAUAUAGAUUCAACUUUUUCGCCAAUACUUUAAGGAACCAUCUGUGUGUAAAAUAUGGAGUUCAAUGAAGUAAAUAAUUGCUUGAAAUUGCAGAAAAAGUCAAUUCCAAUUCAGGGUAGCAUUUCUUUCCCUGCUGAAUUGAAAUCUUUAUAAUUCAAGAAUAGGUCUAUUUAUUAGGAAGAUGUGAUGUACUCUUACAGACCAAUCGGUAAUCAUGAAUAAAGAAAUUAAAUCACAUCAAAUAAUUCAUCAAGUUGCAAAUCUUCGCGUAUUAUAAGCAAUGUAUACUUUGCUCCCUCCAUUAAAGGCUGGAUUGCCUCAAGUUUUCAACUAACAAACCAGACAACUUCAUGCUACUAAUUCAUGUAUAAAUUUGUAGACAGUUUAUUAUCUAUUCACACACAUAUAAAAAGAAAUACGCCUAAAUGAAUGCUACGAACUAUAUCCUAUGCUCCCUACAUUAAAGGUUGGACUACUUCAAGUUUUCUACUCACAAUCCAGAGAUGUUCAUUUUACAAAUUCAUUUAUUAAGUGGUAGAGUACCCAUUAUUCGUUGACACUAACUCAAGAAGAUUUGUUUCAUGGAAAACAUCCAUGUGACUAAUGUUACAAUUUUCAUUACAGAUUCCUCUCGGACCUUGAAUAAUCGAAUUAUCAUCACGCACUCAAAAUUAAUGUAUAAAUCAUUUUGUCUCAUAUAUCUGUAAAGAAAGGCAUACAUAAUUUAUAUUAUCUAAACGGUAUACUGUCCAAUGAUGUUGUACAUAUGAAGAAACAUAAAUAAAACUAUUUAACCUGA